CAGGGCCCGGCCGCGGCGGCGGCGGCGGCGGCGCCCGGCCCCCUCCCCCGGCGCCGGCCAAGUGAGGCGGUGAUGCGGGCGCUGGCGGCCCCGGCUGCGCCGAGAGCGGAGACACAGGCUCAAGAUGGCAGAUUCCGACUGAGGCUGGGGGGGCCGAGCUCGCGCGCCGCGUUCCCUUCUCCGUUGCCAUGAAUCGCGGACACCCCGGCCCCGAUGGCCCCCGUGUACGAAGGUAUGGCCUCACAUGUGCAAGUCUUCUCCCCUCACACCCUUCAAUCAAGUGCCUUCUGUAGUGUGAAGAAACUGAAAGUAGAGCCGAGUUCCACCUGGGACAUGACUGGGUACGGCUCCCACAGCAAAGUGUAUAGCCAGAGCAAGAACAUACCACCUUCUCAGCCAGCCACCACAACCGUCAGCACCUCCUUGCCGAUCCCAAACCCAAGCCUACCUUACGAGCAGACCAUCAUCUUCCCAGGAAGCACCGGCCACAUAGUUGUAACAUCAGCAAGUAGCACUUCUGUCACUGGGCAAGUCCUCGGCGGACCACAUAACCUAAUGCGUCGAAGCACUGUGAGCCUCCUUGAUACCUACCAAAAAUGUGGACUCAAGCGUAAGAGCGAGGAGAUUGAGAACACAAGCAGCGUGCAGAUCAUUGAAGAACAUCCACCCAUGAUUCAGAACAAUGCGAGUGGGGCCACCGUAGCCACUGCCACCACAUCGACUGCCACAUCCAAAAACAGUGGCUCCAACAGCGAAGGGGACUACCAGCUGGUCCAGCAUGAGGUGCUGUGCUCCAUGACCAACACUUACGAAGUUCUGGAAUUCCUGGGCCGAGGGACAUUCGGGCAGGUGGUCAAGUGCUGGAAGCGGGGCACCAAUGAGAUCGUGGCCAUCAAAAUCCUGAAGAACCACCCGUCGUAUGCGCGGCAGGGUCAGAUCGAGGUGAGCAUCCUGGCCCGCUUGAGCACGGAGAGUGCCGACGACUACAACUUUGUUCGCGCCUACGAGUGCUUCCAGCACAAGAACCACACGUGCUUGGUGUUUGAGAUGUUGGAGCAGAACCUCUAUGACUUUCUGAAGCAGAACAAGUUUAGCCCCUUGCCCCUCAAAUACAUUCGCCCCGUCCUCCAGCAGGUAGCCACAGCCCUGAUGAAACUGAAGAGCCUUGGUCUCAUCCAUGCCGACCUCAAACCAGAGAACAUCAUGCUGGUAGAUCCUUCUAGACAACCGUACAGAGUAAAGGUCAUCGACUUUGGGUCAGCUAGUCAUGUGUCCAAGGCUGUGUGUUCCACCUACUUGCAGUCCAGAUACUACAGAGCCCCCGAGAUCAUCCUUGGUUUACCGUUUUGUGAGGCAAUUGAUAUGUGGUCCCUGGGCUGCGUCAUUGCGGAGCUGUUCCUGGGCUGGCCGCUCUAUCCGGGGGCUUCCGAGUACGACCAGAUCCGGUAUAUUUCACAAACACAGGGUUUGCCAGCGGAAUAUUUAUUAAGCGCAGGGACAAAGACAACUAGGUUUUUCAACCGUGACACAGACUCACCAUAUCCUUUGUGGAGGCUGAAGACACCAGACGACCAUGAAGCAGAGACGGGAAUUAAGUCAAAAGAAGCAAGAAAGUACAUUUUCAACUGUUUAGAUGACAUGGCCCAGGUGAACAUGACAACAGAUUUGGAAGGCAGUGACAUGUUGGUGGAGAAGGCCGACCGGCGGGAGUUCAUCGACCUGUUAAAGAAGAUGCUGACCAUAGAUGCUGAUAAGAGAAUCACUCCAAUCGAAACCCUGAACCACCCCUUCGUCACCAUGACACACCUACUCGAUUUUCCCCACAGUACACAUGUCAAAUCAUGUUUCCAGAACAUGGAGAUUUGCAAGCGUCGGGUGAACAUGUAUGACACCGUGAACCAGAGCAAAACCCCCUUCAUCACGCACGUGGCCCCCAGCACAUCCACCAACCUGACCAUGACCUUCAACAACCAGCUGAACACUGUCCACAACCAGGCUCCCACCUCCACCAGUGCCACUCUUUCCUUAGCCAAUCCCGAAGUCUCCAUACUAAACUACCAAUCUGCACUCUACCAGCCCUCAGCGGCGUCCAUGGCCGCAGUGGCCCAGCGGAGCAUGCCGCUGCAGACGGGAACAGCCCAGAUCUGUGCCCGGCCCGACCCCUUCCAGCAAGCUCUCAUCGUGUGUCCGCCCGGCUUCCAAGGAUUGCAGGCCUCGCCCUCGAAGCACGCUGGCUAUUCCGUGCGAAUGGAGAAUGCCGUGCCCAUCGUCACUCAAGCCCCAGGAGCGCAGCCUCUUCAGAUCCAACCAGGUCUGCUCGCCCAGCAGGCCUGGCCAAGUGGGACCCAGCAAAUCCUGCUUCCACCGGCAUGGCAGCAGCUGACCGGAGUGGCCACCCACACGUCUGUGCAGCACGCGACUGUCAUUCCCGAGACCAUGGCAGGCACCCAGCAGUUGGCCGACUGGAGGAACACCCACGCUCACGGCAGCCAUUACAAUCCCAUCAUGCAGCAGCCUACGCUGUUGACUGGUCAUGUGACCCUUCCAGCCGCCCAGCCCUUAAAUGUGGGCGUGGCCCACGUGAUGCGGCAGCAGCCAACCAGCACCACCUCCUCCCGGAAGAGUAAGCAGCACCAGUCCUCUGCGAGAAACGUCUCCACCUGCGAAGUGUCCUCCUCACAGGCCGUCAGCUCCCCUCAGCGGUCCAAGCGCGUCAAAGAGAACACGCCUCCCCGCUGCGCCCUGGUGCACAACAGCCCGGCCUGCAGCUCCUCGGUCACGUGCGGCUGGGGUGACGGGGCCUCCAGCACCACCAGGGAGCGACAGCGGCAGACGAUUGUCAUUCCUGAUACCCCCAGCCCCACAGUCAGCGUCAUCACCAUCAGCAGCGACACAGAUGAGGAGGAGGAACAGAAGCAUGCCCCCACCAGCACUGUCUCCAAGCAGAGAAAAAACGUCAUCAGCUGUGUCACGGUCCACGACUCUCCCUACUCCGACUCCUCCAGCAACACCAGCCCCUACUCUGUGCAGCACCGUGCUGGGCACCACACCAACACCUUUGACACCAAGGGGGGCCUGGAGACCCACUGCACCGGGAACCCCCGCACGAUCAUCGUGCCACCCCUGAAAACCCAGGCCAGCGAAGUGUUGGUGGAGUGUGAUAGCCUGGUGCCAGUCACCACCAGUCAGCACUCGUCCUACAAGUCCAAGUCCUCCAGCAACGUGACCUCCACCAGCGGUCACUCUUCAGGGAGCUCGUCCGGAGCCAUCGCCUACCGGCAGCAGCGGCCAGGCCCGCAUUUCCAGCAGCAACAGCCUCUCAAUCUCAGCCAGCCCUCUCCUGGUGCUUCUCCUUCUCCAGGCUCAGCAGCACAUCACCGCAGAGCGCGCCGGGAGCCACCGCCGGCAGCAGGCCUACAUCACCCCCACGAUGGCUCAGGCCCCCUACUCCUUCCCGCACAACAGCCCCAGCCACGGCACUGUGCACCCCCACCUGGCCGCCGCAGCCGCAGCAGCCCACCUCCCCACCCAGCCCCACCUCUACACCUACACGGCACCCGCGGCCUUGGGCUCCACUGGCACCGUGGCCCACCUGGUGGCCUCCCAAGGCUCGGCACGCCACACCGUGCAGCACACUGCCUACCCGGCCAGCAUCGUCCACCAGGUCCCCGUGAGCAUGGGCCCCCGGGUCCUGCCCUCGCCCACCAUCCACCCGAGUCAGUAUCCAGCCCAGUUUGCCCACCAGACCUACAUCAGCGCCUCUCCAGCCUCCACCGUCUACACUGGAUACCCACUGAGCCCCGCCAAGGUCAACCAGUACCCUUACAUAUAAACACUGGAAGGGGAGGGGAGGGGAGGGGGGAUGGCCAGAGGGGAGGGGGGCGGAGGGGCAAGGCGGGAGCUGGGCUUUUUAUACUGAAGAUGCGGCACACAAACAAUGCAACGGGGCAGGGGGGGCAGGGGGCAGGGACGGAUACAAAUGAAACUUGAACUAGGAGGUGGGGGACUUAGAGCAGAGAAGAGAACAUUUUAAAAAAGAAGGGAUUGAGGAAGGGGAAUUCUAUGCUUUUUAUUUUAAAAAAAGAAAAAGAAAAAAAAGAAAGCAUCAGUAACAAAGAACACAGCUCACGAACCCAUUCUGCACCAAGCUGGAGAGGAGAAGAAGAGAGCGACGGAAGAUUCUGGAAGGGGGGGGCCCCAGUUUUUGAAAGAACUUUAUCUAUGAACUUCUCAAAGAUUAUUUUCAUAUGGCGGCAAGUGACAUUUAAGAAUUUGCUGUCGGGGACACCUGAUAUGGAAAUCCAAUAGAUUUUUAAUGAUGGAACAUAAGAAUUAGGGAUUUUUCCAGAACUCUGAAGGGUCAGCAGCCCUCUAGAAGGUCAGGCCGUGGCCUGAGGAGGCUGAUAUUGGGGGGAGUGGUUGCGUGGGGUUGGCCAAGCCCAGUUGUGGUUCGUGUGUCAGGACUGAUUGGGGUAGGGGUGGCCAGGCCGAAGGACGCCUCCCCACCGCAAGGAGGGCACAUUUCUCUUCCGGAGCACUCUGGAUAAAUCCCUAAGCAAUGUUACUCCUCCAGUGUCAUUAGUAUUGUGUGUUGCAAACUUUAGGGUUUUUCUUUUUUUUUCCUUUCCUGAAGGUUUAUUUUCUCUUUGAACCAAUCCCUAGUCACGUAGCAUAGGACUAGCGGUCGUCGCCGACACCCUGGUAGAAUGUAGCAGUCAGCACCCCCGUUUUCUACUUUGUGUUCAACUCCAGUGAUACCAAUAGACUAUUCCUCAACGUAAUUGCACAAAAAAAAAAAAAAAAAAAAAGUGAUAGAACAUAGGCAUGUAAGCAGUGUGGUGGUCCAGGUGUGUGAGCGUGGGCGAGUGUGUGCGGGUGUGAGCGCGGAUGCCGCCCUCCCCGUGUGUCCCUCGGCGCCGCCAUCACGGCUCUCGCAUCCUGGGCUUGACACCGGUCCCUCCUAGUGCCUUACCGACCCACAGACGCGGGGUGAGGGGGACUCCGCGGUACUCCAAGACGCGCACUGAGGCGAGUCCCGUCAGCUCAGCUCUUCUCUCGUGCUGUUGCAGCAUUUUACUCUGGUCUUUCCUUGUUGUCUUUUCUUUUUAUUUUAAGUUAAUUUAAGUUAAUUUUGAUACCUGUUGUCUUUUUUGAGCUGUCUGCUAGCAGGGGGGUGUCGGGGAGUCGACAGAAGCAGGGGGCAGGAUGGGCAGGUGCCCCGGGAGCUUAAGAGAGGUGUGGGAGAUGGGUGGGCGGGUGGACCAACCUUGACUUUUACUUUGGAGACCGAGAGCACGAGAGACUCCCCACCCUGCACCUCCCCCCACUCUGCCUCGUUUUGCUUGGGGGGCCCGGCUCUUACCCUUUGUGGGGGCAGGGGUCCCCCUGUGUUGUCAGAACGUUGGCCUUGCCAGGUGGCUGCCUCCUUCCUGAUAUGGAAGCCCAGGGGAGAGGAGGCCACCUGCCACCUCCGGGCUUGGCACAGCCUUCCUGCUGUCUGCGAGGUGGAGCCCACCCCAGGCCCUCUCCCCGACCGCACACUCUCGCACGCCCUGUCCUCUCUCAUCGCGCCGACUGCGUAUUGCUCUCCCAGUUCUGCUGGAUCCUUCCCUCGUAGACAACCAUCAACCUUUGUUUGCUGCUGCAUCUUUCCUCACGUUGCCAGGCCUGCCCAAGACUCGACUUCGUUUUUGGUGUUAGAGGGGUCUGGUGGGCAGAAGGUCAGAGGGACGUUUAUGAGGGUGACGAGUGGGUCUUACACUGCACUUUGGAACACUCCCACAGGCGCUUACGUUUCCAAAGAAAUUUGCCCUUUGCCCUCUUUGUACCAUUGAUACAUUCUGGAAGUUUUCUCAGGCUUUGAACACUGCCGGGGGGGGGGGGGGGGGGCGUGGGGGGGGAAUAUCUCCAUUCAUAGCAAAAUUACUCUGAGUACAUGAAUGUUGGGAGACUCUCAUCUUAGAUGGGGCUUAGAAGGGUGGCCCUAAUUGUCUGAUUCUUGAUACUGAGUCCUAACUGAUCCCAAAGCCGAGUCUCCAAGGUGCAAAGAGAUGGCUCCCAGUUGGGGCAGUUUGACCUCCUGCUCCCUGCCCCCUGCCGUUUCCCACAACCAUCUACUGUGAACAAUGGUUUUAUCGUGAUCACCUUAAUUCGGCAACAAAGCCAGGCCAUCACCUUAGCUGUUAGCUGUGAAAUAACUCUGGAAAUUCCUCCUCCCCAACCAUGAAUUCUGCUCGUCUUACAAAGAAAUAGAUCCCCGAACUGGAACCAGCUUAGUGCCGGCCUGAGGCCGGAAGGAAACACACCAUGACCCACCGGAGGCACACGCUCGGGCAGCCCCCAGGCCCUGGCCAGUGAGCCUGCGAGAGGUUCGCCCCAGGGCAGGACACUCUCCUCGGGGACCCACCAACUGACCGAUGGAUGGAUGCUCCUUUCCCGGGACAUGGGGAAGGGCCGUCUCCCUAAGACCAGUCCAGAGACAGUAGGGGAGAAAAGUCGUUGGAGGACACAUGAGCCAGAGCCCUCUCAGAGCCAGCCUGGAAAACCCGCCUGUCCUGACUUGGCAGCAGCCAGAUGGCAGCAGAGCCCCGUCCCGUCUCCUCCUGACCAGCGACAAAAGUCUUGGCUGCACGUGAGACCGCAUCGGCCUUGCUGGGUGGCAUCCGGGUCCCCUCAUAUAGCUGACUCCCAGCCCUUCCUAGAUCUGAUCUCCUCUGGGAAAAGACAACGUAGCCUUCCAUUUGAAAGAAAAUUUCUUUGUCGAUUUAAGUUGGAAGUCUCAUUCUUUCACCUGAGAUUUUGUUUUCUUCCAGAUCAGGAAUGAACGUUCCAUGCUGCUCCUAAAGAUAAUAUUAUUGUCCUAAUUGUUCUGAUUAUCUCCACUGUAAUUUUUAUCAAGAUCAUCAUGUUGAUAUUUUAGCUGGGGUUUUAAAUGCACAUUUAUUCCCAGUAUCUUCGUGUUUUCUCUUUAAUAUUUAAACUUAUUAUAUCUGUGAGUGUAUGAGUAGGCAGGAAGGACACGCAGUGUCCAGUUUUGUUAAACAAGACAAACACAAAACAAAAGACAAAAAGGAAAGACCCAGGAAUUAGGAAAAUUGUUUCUGUCAUCUCUAGUCCACAAAGAGCUAUUAAGAAAGAUCCACCACAGAACAAAAGUUGGAAGAGGAAUCAAGACCUUUUCUGUGCACAGGCCAGACUGGACUCUUGACAACACAAUGACCAUCGACGCCGUACUCUCCCAGAGUCACAGUGGCUUGGGCAGAGUUGUGAGGUGGUACCUCCAGGGCCCAGCCCUCAGCUGUGGCUCUUUCCCACAUUCCCUGUGCUCUCGUGUGCUUCUAGAAUCCGCUAACUAGAUUCUUGGCCUGCUUCACAUCUGAUACUGACCUGUCAUGCAAAAGAUAAGCCCUUCUGCCCAGGGCUGCCCCACAUGUCCUUUUCCCAUCAGUGCCCCGGAGGUGUGGCUCUGUCUCCUUCAGUGCAGAGAUGGUUGUCUCCUCCUAGAAGCCACUGGCUA